CAUCGGCAUUCUCGACUUAAUUCUCAGUAGUGAAUUCUCAAUACAUGAUUGCUAACUACGGGUGUUUUAUCUCCCUUAAUUAAUAAGGUGCCCAUUAGGUACUCGAAGCCACUCCUUGCUGAAUAAUUCACGAUAUUUGUCAUCAACUACAGGGACAGGGUAUAGCGCAUGGUACUAGUCUUGUUAGUUACCCACAUACAAAAGUACCAAGCGCGAAGGUACUUAGGUAUAUAUAGGAGCUUCCGUGAAACCUUCGACGGUGAAACAAUGAAUCGGACAAACUACCAUCUUCUCUCUCACUAUACACACAUCUAUUCGUUGACUCACUUCUUUGACUCAAGCCUAAGCGACAUCGCUAAUUAAAAUGUCUUCUCAAUCUAAGCCGUCAGCUCCUACACGCAUCACUGUCUCGAACCUACCCCUUGUGGCAUCUAAUGCUGCUGUACCACAUUCAGAGCCUGGUGUCGAGGUCCUCGUGGACAAGCUCGAGCCGGAAGAUAUUAUGGGAGGCGCAUACAGGAGAGCUCGGAUAUCCAGCAGCAAGAAGCUGCCACCCAGCAAUGAUGGACAUGGUAAAUUGGAACUUGACGAUGUACCGGGAAUAGUGUUACCAGGAGGGCUCAACAUGUACUAUUUGGAUAUUCCCCCAAAGUCUGAGGGCGCCAUGCACCGCACUACCUCGACAGAUUAUCUUGUCGUGCUACAAGGAACCUUGAGCCUCAUAACACCACCGAAACCCUUCGACGUGGUGGACGGGCGAGGUACUUACGGUGAGACUAUCGAGACGACCUGCAAGCCUGGCGAUGUCGUAUACCAACGUGGAAUCAUGCAUGCCCUAUCGAACCGUACUGAUGAAUGGGUUCGCGUGAUCGCUAUGGUCGUCGGGUCGGAGGACAAUCGCGUGCCGAUCGUGGGAUCAAGUGCCUCCGCUCAGGUGGAAAAUGCCGUCCUAAAUGACGCAUGGCUCCAGUAAGCCAAUCGCGGUUUCAGCGGCGCCGGCAGGUUAACGGCGCGGCUACGGCAAUAAUUAAAUUAUAUUGAAUGGCUCACUACCCUAUCCCUUGAUCCAUCUUACCGGAUACUUGUGACACCCUGGUCGACCAGGCCUCCGCGUCAAACUCGCUUGUAUGAAGUUCGAGGCGCGUAAGGCAGC